GACAACCAACGCAUGAAUGAGUUUAUUUUGUGCGUGAAUUUUCUGAUGUAAGGUUCCACCUGUCAGAACAAAAGUAGUAUACGAAAAAGUAGCCGUAUAAAAAAUGAGGUACAUUGUGGUUAUUUUAGUUGCAAUUUGUGCAAUUUUUUGUGGUGGUACAGUCGUUCCAGUUUUUGAGUAUGAUGUUCCAGUUGCUUCUCAACCCAUUGUUUAUGCUCCACAUCCACAUGCUGUCCAUCCAUAUGCUGUGCGUACACCACCUGCUGUAAGUCAUACGUUUUCACAAACACAAACACACCCAGUAACAUAUUUAAAACCCGUGAACGUUUUUGGGCCACCACAAUACAAUUAUGCACCGCUUGCAGCAACAUCGAGAGUCGAACAGUCACGAUUAAUUGUACCCCAAAUCUAUCACUAUCAACAAUACAAUAGCCCACCACCAGCUCAACAGUACAACAAUCAAGCUUCGAAUCGAAACAUCCAAGAGCAAGGAACGGGGCAGAACCGUAAUCGGAAAGUGUAUGCAAAUGAAAUGCCGUACACGAACAAUGGUGAACAAGUAAAAUUACGAAGAUAUCAGAUCCAUCGUCCUGGUAUCAAAAAAGAAUUUUAUGAUGUUGAAGAAAGAGUUAUUGUUCGUCCUGUUGGAAGUGCUUUAAUCGAAUUCAAUUCACCAACUAAAAAGCAAGAGAUUAACGAAAAUAAUGAAAACGGAAGAAAUUAUGCUUCGAAUUACAACCAAUACAAUUUUCAAGGAUUUAGACCCAGCAAUAAUAACAAUAAUAAUCAAUAUUCGUCAAACGGUUAUGGACAACAUCGGCAGUAUUUUCCAACUGCGGUGCCAGACUGUGGUUAUUUAGAUCAACAACCUGUUUAUGUAUAUAAUGCACCUCCACAACCAUUUUUGGAUAAUAAUCCACAAUAUCACCCAACCACAUUUGUCCCACCUACAACAACAGACAACUUCCAUACGACAAAAGGCUAUCCAACGACAAAAGACAAUUACCCUUCGACAAAUGAAGGCAGUUACCCAACGACAAAAGGCAUUUACCCUACGACAGUAUAUUCAAUACCUUCACAAACAUAUUUACCACCUGUGAUUCCAGAUCAAUCGUACUCACCGAGCUCUAGUUCUGAAUAUGCUCCAACCACAGCUUAUGGAUCCACUUCUGCCCAAUAUGCACCUUCAACUGCAAGCUCUACUGUAACACAGGGCACAACACCAAAACAAUCUGACAUAUACAUAAGCUCAACUACGCCAAUUUCAGUUACAAUUGUUGAUAAAAAUGAGGAUGCCAAUAAGAAUCUUACAAAUUUACCAGGACAGGAUAUAAUUUAUGCAGAGCAAUAUGAAGAAAAUACACCAGAUCAAGUACAAAAUGAACUUCCACCACGAGGUGAUGUUUCUCAGUACCGAGCUGAACAACCAGACCAAUUUUAUUAUGAAUUGCCAUCGAGCCGAUACACAAAUGAACCGAAUCGCCCUCCGCAAGCAUUUAAUGUUUAUACAAAAUCCAAUGGAGAACCCGACACAUUUAAUGGUUAUGAUCAAUCUAUUAUAAUAGAAUCAAAAGAUCGUAAUUCUACUAAAAAUCGUAAUCAAACCUCGUUUGAAAAUAAUCAACAAGCUCAAUUGAUUGAAUUAUAUACGGGAAAUGGUGGAAUAUCAGAAGAUCAAUCCAAAUCCCGAUAUACAAACGAUAAUAAUCAAAAUACGCAAUAUAAAGACGUUGGAAAUGUACGUGCUCGCGUGGUAUCAGUAACGCCACCACCAGCCACGGCAAUACCAACAGAAACAGUGAAUAAACGACGAAUUGUCUUUUCGAAGCCUGUUACAACUGUUCAAGAAGUAGUUGAAGCCGAUAAUUCUACAAGUGGACAAUACCAGCAGAGCAACAAUUAUGAAUCUCCCGAUGGAAAUAAUUAUAGCUCAGAAUUUAACGACAACAAAAAUAGGGCAAACAACAACUAUGAUUCGACUAGAGCAAACUAUGAAACCAAAACACCAUCAACUAGUUCGACUGGAGUCUUUAUCUCGACAACACCAUCAACAGCAAGUCAACGAAUAAUUUAUGUUCAGCCCGUAUCACAAGAUUUUGCUCAACAAAAAGCGGUUCCGCCAAAAUCAAAUUAACACUUAUUUAUAAUAAAUUUUCACUUUGUAUUAAAUAUGAACAAUUUGCGUCUAUAAUAAACACGUGUCUGGUUUUAUGCAAUUUAAGGAA